AUGUCCCUCCGCCUGUUCGCCUUCUGCGCAUUCUACCGCUUCGUACUUGGGUCCAUGAAAGCUCGGGAGAUUCAGUUCUUGCAGCCGCCUACUCUCAAGACUUAUGAGACUUGGAUCGAGAAGAAGCGCCUGGUUAACCCACGGCUUGCUGAAAAGCUGAAGCGAGAUGUUGAGAUGCUUCCGGCGAAUGACGGCUCAAUCAUGUGGCUCGGCAACCGCAAGAAAGCCAAGAAAUUCGUGCUCUUCUUCCACGGGGGCGGCUACGUCGUGCCGCUACUGCCUGGCCACGUCGAGUGGUGCUGGGAGGCAUACAUUGCCGGCGGCCCAGGUGAGAAAACGGAAGUGGCGGUGGCUAUCCUGCAGUACACUCUCGUACCCAAAGCGCGGUAUCCCACACAGCUCCGUCAGGGUAUCGCUGCUCUCAAUCACCUGCUUCAAUCUGGCGUCAGGCCAGACAAUCUCAUCAUCGGUGGUGACUCGGCGGGAGGCAACUUGGCUCUCUUGGUCGCCCGCCACCUUUGUCUCCCUGCACAGCUGGAUAUCGCACCAUUCAGCCUCAGUGGACGCCUCGCCGGCGUGUUUCUCGUUUCACCGUGGCUCACAAGCAAGACUACAACGCGUUCCUUUCAAGAGAACAAUUUUGUGGAUAUGCUCACCACGACAUGCAUGCACGGUGCCACGGCGGAGCUGCUUCAUCCCCGUUUCCCUGUCAAGAACAAGUCCGACGAGAGCGAUCUGGCCUUGGCUAUGCCCAUGGAUGGAGAUCUCGGAUGGGUCAAUGACAUCUCCAACGCGACGAAGAGUUUGUACAUUACUGGAGGUCAGCAGGAGGCAUUCAGGGAUGAUAUUCAGUCGUUUUCGGAGUACGUCAGCUGCAGUCAGAACGAUUUAGAUCUACUUGUUGAGUUACCAGAGCAUGAGGGGCAUGAUUUCAUCUUACUAGAAGGAAACAUUAGGCGCGUUGGGGAUGCGACCAAGAGAAUGAGAAAUUGGGCUGCUGCGCAACUUAGUUAG